AUGGCCGCUCUGCUGGCUGAUUCGGAAUUGCUUGUUAACGAAGAUGAUGACGAGAAGGGAAGAGUGGCUGCAAUGCCGGUGGAUGCUCAAGACAUGACUGGGCAUCAACUGAUGCGGUGGUGGGAUGAUCGAGGUUUUCGCUUCCGACUCGGUGGGUUCGAUGAUAAAGGAUACGAGGAGGGCAGCCUGGUCGAUUUGAAGUCACCACACUCGGCAGGAACAGCUGUAGAAAGCGGGAGUCCCGGACAGGUUACGACUAAGGUGGCGAUAAGGAAAUACAGAUUGGGAAUUGUACAAGGUCAAGACGAGGAGUCCAGGAUUUGCGCGCCAGUGCCAGCAACGCCACCAGACAGCGAAGGGGGCUCGAGGAUAGUACAUAUUCGAAACGAAGAUUCUGAGGAGUAUACAACUAUAUCGAGAACAACAUUAGAUCUUGGAUCAGGUUCGUGUAUUGCACACCGUCGAAAAGAAGGGUCUGAGGUACAAGCGACUUUAUCGGAAACACAGUCAGAUCCACCCAUCCAAUUCCGAAAACGUGCAACGAAGGCUAUGACAAUAUGA